CAGCUCGCCACAAAAAAAAACGAAACGAGCAGCAUGUGCGGUGUUUACAAAAGCCGUGAAUCGCGUAACACAUCCAUUCAUCAAAACUUGUGAAAAUGUUCCAACUAUUUCAAAAAAGUGCCGCUAAACUACUUGGAUUCAAAGUUCCACCGGUGAUAGCGGUCAAUCAGUGCCGCGCGCUGGUGCAGCAGCAGCAACAAGUACCAAAUUUGACUGACUUGAACCCGUUUCGUGCACCGCGAUCCGUGUGGAUUGAAAACUUGGACACCAUCGAGGAGCAAAAAGUCGGAAUCCAGCAGCUGAGCAGCGAAAUAUUCGGCGCCGCUCCCCGGAUCGACAUCGUCCACCAGAACAUCGAAUGGCAGCGCAAGUACCGGUUUGUAAGCUUUUCCCACUCCAAGACACGGAAUGAAGUCCGGGGCGGAGGGCGGAAACCAUGGCCGCAGAAGGGAUUGGGGCGAGCUCGUCACGGAUCGAUUCGGUCGCCGUUGUGGCGCGGUGGUGGCAUUGCCCAUGGUCCCCGUUCGCCGACGACGCAUUUCUACAUGCUGCCGUUCUUCAACCGGGUGCUAGGGCUGGUCUCGACGCUGUCCAUCAAACUGGCCCAGGAUGAUUUACAUGUAGUGAAGGAUUUGGGCAUUCCGACGGAGGAUCCGCAGUACCUGCGCGAUUUGGUCCAGGAACGUGCCUGGGGUCCUUCGGUGCUGUUUAUCGACAGCAGCGACAUUAUGCCACGGAAUAUCACGGCCGGGGCGGAAGAAAUCGAUCACAUUAAUCUGAUGCCGGUGUACGGAUUGAACGUCUACUCAAUGCUGAAGCACGACACUUUGGUUCUGACGAAAGCUGCCGCGGAGGAAAUCGAGAUGAAACUUACCGAGCAUCUGCAUCGCACCGAUGCGAGAUCGCUGAUGACCAAGUUCAAGGUUGACCGAUAGGUGAUACGAAUAAAGAGGCAUUUGCGUAGAUUGAUGGAA